AUGGCACCCACACACGAUAGUAAAUUCUUGCCUGAGAUCUGGACAUCGUACGCAAUCGGCACCGUAUGGCUUCUUCUCCGCUUCGCAGUGCGUGUGCGUAUUGCUGGCAUCCGUGGACUACGCCUCGAUGAUGGCUUCGCAUUCGUAGCUUUGGGAUGUUGGACAUAUACAAUCGUCACAACUCACAUUACGUACUCUUCGGGCACCAACACCGACUUUACAGAGUCUGAAGUCGCAAAGUUCUCCGAGCAAAAGUUUAGUGAGGUGGUGUAUGGAACCAAGAUGUUUCUGGCAUCAUGCUACAUAUAUAUUGCAUUGGUCUUCAGUCUGAAAGGCAUCGUCAUCGUGCUCUAUCAGCGCCUCGCCAUUGGUGCGUGGCAAAAGUUCAUACUAAAAGCUACAACCUACUUCUGUAUCAUGGGCUACAUAUCUGUUACCGCGGCUCUCACUUUUGAUUGUCAACCAAUCAGCAGACGAUGGUCACUGCCAGCAGAUCCAUCGGGCUCGUGUAGGUCCUCGCCUCGAGUACUGAUCACGCUUAGUUGUAUCAAUGCUCUUUCUGACAUAUGGUUGCUCUGCAUACCAGUCCCUCUACUGUGGACCUUGAACAUCCCUUUGCAAAAACGCAUCGGCGUGUUCUUCUUGUUGGCUUCUGGCUUGUUUGUGCUGGCGGCAUGUAUCACGCGCGUCUCCCUCACCGUUGUGCCCAAUAUAUCGAUCUUCAUAAUCGCACGUUGGGGUAUCAGAGAAUUCACCAUCGCGAUCAUUGCUGUCAACUCCGCAGCCUUGCGUCCCUUGUUCCGCAGAAGCUUCUGGGGCAAGCCAGAUCCUGCCGGCCACGCACAUCGACAUGCAAAUAACUACCUAUUCCCGACCAUACAGCACGCACGCAGACGCGGCAGUAGAUACCGUAUCCACGACGAUGUCCUGAACUCGACGUCCGCAGGUGCUUCCACCGUCGACAAUUUCAACUACGAUGAGCACGGUCGGCAGGAGGAGUAUGUCUUCGAGGACCCGGAUUACAGGGUACCUAAUCCGCUGCACACGGCACAGAACGUGGCUCGCAGAAGUGGUCUUCGGGAUUCGUUUCGCAGCCUGGGACGGAGUUGGAAUGAGAGCCGCUACCAGAGUGAAGCACGCACAAGGCCCGUGAGCGAGGGGGGAAAUUCGUCCGUCACUACGCAUGAUAACGAUCUCGAGAAGGGAGGAAAGUCCAACGAUACGAUUAUGGGCAGUGAGAGUGGUUGUACGAGUCGGAGCACCCACACGAGUAUUGGGGAAGAGGAGGAAAAGCCCCUCGAAACGAUCUUACCAGGCUCGUGA